CUUUCUUUAACCCAAAAAAAAAAAAAGGAAAGAAAGAAAGAAUUCCCGACCAAAUGUAAAGGAAAGAAACAAAAGAUAAUGCCCAUCAUAUUGCAUCUCCUUGUAUUUUCUGGAGUGAUUUCUCAGAUGGGCUCUCUCUAUUUACCUCUGGUGAAUGUAAAAACAUCCAAUUUGGCAUUACCCGGAUUGCCAAUUUGGCUCAUGUGGAACAUGUUGUAGAAAAAUAGGACACGAGAAUGGCCUCUCAGAGAUUACCAGGAGAAGAACUGAGCGUUUCGAAGCGUCUUGUAAGAAGCAUGAGCCAAAAAUUGAAAAGAAAGAAUCAUAAAAACGAAGAAGGUUCUAAAGAGGAUGAAACGACUGGCGUUUCUUUGAGGUGCCUUACACUUUACGGCAGAGGCGGAGGCUGCAAAGUGGGUGCCGACAUGUGCGAAGAGUUGGGAGAUCCGAACAUUAGAAGAAGAUCGAGUGCAAGCGAAGAUGGAAAAAGUUAUAAUACUACAAUGUGCGGAAAAGAUGAUGCAACUAUGAACUGCUUCUCUCACGGUAUGAGGGAGAAAUUCUUUCGAAGGAACAACAGAAAGUUCCUAACGCAUAUCCCGGUUCAACCGCAAAGCAAUGGCAUGAACGUAAUUCUUCCGGACGAUAUUCUUGAAAUGUGUUUGGUUAGGCUCCCAAUGGCAAGUCUAAUGAACGCUCGUCUCGUAUGCAAGAAGUGGAGAAACAUGACUACCACGCCUCGUUUUAUGCAGAUUAGGAGAGAGGGUUUGUUCCAAACCUCGUGGCUGUUUCUCUUUGGUUUCGUAAAAGACGGGUUUUGUUCGGGAGAGAUACACGCACUGGAUGUGUCACUAAACCGAUGGCACAAAAUAGAUUCUCCCAUAAUUAAAGGGAGGUUUCUGUUUUCCGUUGCAAGCAUUAAGGAAGAUGUAUACGUUGUCGGUGGCUGUUCUAGCUUGACGAACUUCGGACGAGUCGAUCGGAGCUCGUUCAAGACGCACAAGGGCGUUUUGGUCUUUAGUCCCAUGACCAAGUCGUGGCGUAAAUCCGCUUCCAUGAAGUACGCCAGGUCAUCGCCCGUUUUGGGUACUUCAGAAGUCAAUCAAGAUUGUUUGUCACUAUCCAGAAACCAACAAAACCGAUCGGAAAGACAUUUUUACCGACCAAGAACAGGCGGUGUAUCCGAUGUUUACGAAGAUCCACACAGGCUUUCGGUUAGAAGACAGUCCAGGCACUCUCUUGAAGAAAACGUCAAGCCCAUAAAGCUCGUAAGGCAAAAAAAUGGAAGCUCUUCGAGUAAAGAUAAUCGAAUGUUUGUAAUGAUUGCAGUCGGAGGACUUGGGGCGUGGGAUGAGCCACUAGAUUCGGGCGAAAUUUACGACCCCGUUUCGAAUAAAUGGUCCGAAAUACAGAGGCUGCCUCUCGAUUUCGGUGUGGCAUGUUCGGGGGCUGUUUGUCAUGGGAGUUUCUACGUUUAUUCGGAAACCGAUAAGCUAGCUGGAUACGACAUCGAAAAGGGUUAUUGGGUGAGAAUCCAAACAGGCCCUAUACCGCCACGCGUGCAUGAGUACUAUCCGAAGGUGAUCACGUGUAAAGAUCGAAUUUUUAUGCUCUCUGUUUCUUGGUGUGAAGGAGAUGGUGAGAUCGGGAGGAGGAAUAAAGCGGUGAGGAAGCUUUGGGAGAUGGAUCUUGCGUGCUUUGCGUGGAGGGAAGUUUCAGUGCACCCGGACGCACCGAUGGAUUGGAAUGCUGCGUUUGUUUGUGAUGGAGAGUUUGUUUUCGGGGUUGAAAUGUUUAAGAUUUUCGGACAGGUUUUGGAUUUCGUGACGUUGUUUGAUACUUGCGGUGUUGGGAAUGGGAAUGGGUGGAGUCAUAUUUCGAGGAAUAGGGUUGCGCACGAUUUGGAUGCUUCUUCGUGCGUCACGAAAUCGAUGGCUGUUGUUCGUUUGUAGGUAUUUGCUGUUUGAUUUUUCUUGUAAUGAAUUAUGAUGCAAUUCAUGGUGUCUUUAUUGAAUUCUUUUUUAUUUAUUUUUA